ACUUCUCGUUUGCUCUAUGGAUUUCGUAUAUUACCUUUGGCUUCCAGUUUUUCUUAUCAGAAACACCUUUUAGUUCACAUAUCUUCCACACAUACACAGGGUAUCGUAAUAAUUAAAUUUCCUGAUGAUGGAGUUCAAGAUCAGGAGCUAUGAAGAACAAUCUGAUAGAGCUCAAGUGGAAAAUCUCGAGAGAAGGUGCGAGGUAGGGCCAGCAGAAAGCGUUUUUCUCUUCACAGACACUAUGGGCGAUCCCAUUUGUAGAAUCCGAAACAGUCCCAUGUACAAGAUGCUGGUGGCAGAACUGGACAAGGAACUGGUUGGUGUCAUUCAAGGAUCUAUAAAACUUGUUACAGUACGAUACAAGGAAUUGGCUAAGGUAGGCUAUGUCCUAGGUCUGAGGGUUGUGCCACAUGUUCGAAGAAAAGGCAUAGGAUCAAGCCUUGUUUUAAAACUAGAAGAAUGGUUCAAAUCAAAAGAUGUGGAUUACGCGUACAUGGCCACAGAGAAAGAGAAUCAGGCUUCUGUUGGUCUUUUCAUGAAUAAGUUUGGCUACACAAAGUUCAGAACACCCUCUAUUCUGGUAAACCCAGUAAACCAUAGAUACCUCAGAAUCUCAUCCAACAUUGAGAUUUCAAUGAUCAAGAUCGACCAAGCUGAAUCUUUGUACAGAAGAUUCAUGGGGUCCACUACUGAGUUCUUCCCCAGUGACAUAGACAAAAUACUCAGAAACAAGCUAAGUUUAGGGACAUGGGUGGCUCACUUCAAAGGAGAUUACUUUGGGUCUGAUAGCCAAACAGUCCCCAAUAGUUGGGCCAUGCUUAGUGUGUGGAAUAGUGGAGAAAUCUUCAAGCUGAGGCUAGGGAAAGCACCUUUCUAUUGCUUAUUAUACACAAAGAGUUGGGGUUUGUUUGAUAAGAUUUUCCCAUGUCUUAAGAUCCCAACUUUGCCUGAUUUCUUCAGCCCAUUUGGGUUUUAUUUUCUGUAUGGGGUUUACCAUGAAGGGCCAUUCUCAGGGAAGCUUGUGAGAGGGUUGUGUGAGUUUGUGCACAACAUGGCUGCCAAGUGUAAUAAGGAAGAUGAUGAGAGUUGUAAGAUUGUUGUGACUGAAGUUGGAGGAAGCAGAGAUGAACUGAAACAUCACAUUCCACAUUGGAAAUUGCUGUCAACUCCUGAAGAUUUGUGGUGCAUAAAGGAACUCAAAAAUAAUGAUGCCUCCAAUUGUACUACUACUACGUUUCAUGACUUAACCAAAACACCCCCAACUAGAGCUCUUUUUGUAGACCCAAGAGAGGUUUAAAGUUUUAUAUAUAUGUCUCAGAAUAAUGAAGCAAUAAAGAGAAUAUAUAUACAUAUGAUGAUUAUGAUAAGA